GACGCAAACCAACCACAUGGCUUUUUCCUCAGAAGAAAACUCUGCUUGCGUUUUAGUCAUGGCUUUUAUCCACUUAUACUUUCAUUAAAGAACAGCAGUUGUCAUACCAGCUUCGUAAACAUCGACACAAACUGUGUAACAAUCUGAAUAAGAUUCACUCGUUCCGGUAUCAGUUCCUUCUGGUGAGACUUAACAUUAGCAGUUAGCUGUUUGGCGGACGUGGCUUUUACGUGUCUUAUCUUUUUGCAAGACAGAGAAAAAUGUUCAAUGAAGAUGAAGAUUGGAAUGAUGAACAAGACGUUCAAGGUUUGAGUAAAGGUGUCCAGGGAAACAUCCAAACGACGAACAGCAGCACAAAUGUAAAGUCAAUCAAGGUUGUUGGGAGGAAGAGCCUGCUGCGCACCCUGCAGACUCUAGGAUCAGUACCAGAGUGGAAGAGCAAUGACCAGAAGCAGGACAGUGACAGUGAGAGAGAAGCAGAUCCUUCCCACAGUCAGAGGAAGAGGAAGAAAAGGAAAAAGAGAAAGCCUGCAGAGGAGUCGGAAGAACAGCAAAAGAAUGGAAACAUCAGCCACACUGUCAAGAAGGACGAACCUUUACCAAAGAAGAAGAAAGUAAACAAGCCUGGGAAAACGAAGCUAAAGAGCACAUCUGCGGGAGAGACGAAAGAUGAAGAAAUUAUAGAAUCUCCACAAGUAACUAUAAACAAGCUGGAGGGUGAGAAGAAAAUGACCAGACAACAGUGGAAAAACAAGAUGAGGAACAAGAGGAAAUGUAAAAAUAAAUACCGAGAGAAUAAACCAGAGGAGGAUGUAAACAAAGCAAAGACCUCUGAUAUACAGUCAAAAGAAAUCAAAAUAAAUUCACUUAGCAGCAAAAAAAUCGCUCAGCCAGCAGUCCAAAAACAGAAAAAAGAAGGAGAAACUAAACUGCUGAAAACAAAAAACAAGAGACAAGAAAAUGUGAAAAAAACUAAGAGCAACAAAACUGAAAAAGGUGCAUCUGAAUCUUCUGGUGAUGGAUCAAAACAGAAAGCAGGUGAACUUAAAGUGCAGAUCACAAACGAUCAGCAGGUUCCUACGAAAGAUCCGAAACAUGAGCUGACCAAGGAGCAGAUUCUGAAAAGAAAAAAGCUUUGGAGGAUUCUCAACACCCAGGAAACGGACCAAGAUGAGAAACCAGCCGACCAGAAGGACCCAGCAGCAGCUCCGGAGAAGAAGGAGGAGGAGGUGAAACAAAGUCCCGCUGACAGCCUCCGGUCCCGCAUGGAGCAGCGGCUGGAGUCGGCGCGAUUCCGAUACAUUAACGAGGUUUUGUACACCACAACCAGCGGCGAGGCGAGGCGGAUGUUCCAACAAGACCCGCAGGCCUUCAGGAUUUACCACAAAGGUUACACAGCGCAGGUCCAGAGGUGGCCAGCCAACCCGGUGGACGUCAUCAUCUCCUACAUCCAGAAAAAGCCUCCCUCUCUGGUGGUAGCAGACUUUGGCUGUGGUGACUGUAAGAUAGCUCGCAGUGUGAAGAACAAAGUGCACUGCUUCGACCUGGCAGCCACCUGCGAGCUCGUCACGGUCUGCGACAUGUCCAGGGUACCUGUUCGUGACCACUCCGUAGACAUCGCCGUGUUUUGUCUUUCUUUGAUGGGAACCAACCUGCCAGACUUCAUAGCAGAGGCCAACCGAGUCUUAAAAACAGGGGGGAUCCUUAAAAUCGCAGAAGUGGCGAGUAGAUUUGACAAUGUGAGAAACUUUAUGACGGGGCUGGCAAGUCUUGGAUUCAAGAUGAUGUACAAGGACACAGAAAACACUCAUUUCUACUCCUUUGAAUUCACGAAGACAGGAAAUGUGCCGAAAAACGUGAAGAGAGUCCAAUUGGAGUUGAAGCCCUGUGUGUACAAGAAAAGAUGAUGUCAGUGGAGGACUUCAUAAGUUUGCAGAAGUGUAAAAAGAAAAACAAGUAUAUUAAAUAUGUCUGUUUUUAGCAGAUCAGUGGACUAUGUUUCUUGAAUUCACUGUUUUAAAAAAAUGGCACAGACUUGAUAUUAAGUUAAACUGACAUCCAAAUAACUAUUCAUUUUAAAAUAAAAGAACAAAAAUGACCCAAAGCAAAAGUUUGUUGUCAGUCCUUUGAGACAGUUUGUUUACAACGUUUCCCUGCUUAUAAAUAAUUGUUUUGUGGCAGUAAACAGUCCUGUUAUUGUUUUGUGAGGUUAUCAUUCAUCCUUCCUUCAGCCCUCUGUUUCUGAGAGAUUCCCUCGUCUGUCUUAACUGGUCUUCAGAGGUUUUAUGAACAAAUCUUUAGUUCAGGUUGGGUUAGAUCACAGCAGAACCUUGCAUUUAUCUCUUAAGCUGGUCCACUUUUUUAUACCGGUGUUAAGAUCAUUGCUGUUUAAGGAUCUGUUGUUGUUCGUUGGGAAUGUUUUUACAGUGAUUUAUUGUUUUCUUUAUGGUACAAGUUCUACUUUUUCCUA